CCAUCGGUGGGGGGUGUGGAUCCAGCUAUUCCUUGCUGACUGGAAGCAGGGGGGUCAAAGCAUGGGUCCGCGGUUCGAGUACUGAGUCAGUCAAGCUAAACACGGCGACCAAAGCAGCGCCAGCUUCACUUUAGACCGAAGCGCCAGUGCUGUCAUCCUGCCCCUUCACCCCCACGCGCGUGGUUCUUUCUCCGCGGCGCGAAGGGGCGACGUCGGACUCGAGCUGACUCGGGUUCAGUCCAUGCAGGAGGAUGGAGAUACAGAAGAGGGCGACUGGGUUCGACUACCCGGAGAGAAACGACGCCAAGCCAGUAAACGGUUUUUACAGCGAUCAUCAGCUUGAAACUGAGCACAACAACAUGGAUGCAGUCGGGGAAAAUAACCUGGAUGAUCCAACUGACCAGCGUACUUGCCUUAUCUGUGGAGAUCGCGCCACAGGCCUGCACUAUGGCAUCAUCUCCUGCGAGGGCUGCAAGGGCUUCUUCAAGCGCAGCAUCUGCAACAAGCGUGUGUACCGCUGCAGCCGGGACAAAAACUGCGAGAUGUCACGCAAGCAGCGCAACCGCUGCCAGUACUGCCGCCUGCUUAAGUGCCUUCAGAUGGGAAUGAACCGUAAAGCAAUCAGAGAGGACGGCAUGCCUGGAGGGAGGAACAAAAGCAUUGGACCUGUGCAGAUAACAGAGGAGGAGAUCGAGCGGAUCAUGUCGGGCCAGGAGUUCAAGGAGGACGCCCCGGAGCACACCUGGGGCAACAACGGCGACAGCGACCACAGCUCGCCAAGCAACGGCGCCUCGGAGGGCAACCAGCCGUCGCCUGCCUCCACUCUGUCGUCCAAUCGCUCUGCUGAAAUGAACGGCUACACGGCAGCCCUGCGGGACCAGUACAUUAACACCUCCAUGCCCACGCAUUACCAGCUCUUGCCUCACCUGUUCAGCUACGCCGCCCAGUCUGGCCUGCUGGCCUCUCAGCCCCGCAACCUCUACCCACAGCCCCACCCUCUGGUGCAGCAGCUGGUGGCUGCUGAAGAGCUGGCCCCCCUGACCACUCCAAUGCUUAUAGAAGAAGAGUACAAGGUAACACAAGUGGAGCUGUUUGCUCUGCUGUGCCGUCUGGCAGACGAGCUGCUCUUCCGCCAGAUCUCCUGGAUCAAGAAGCUGCCCUUCUUCUGUGAGCUCUCCAUAGAGGACUACACCUGCCUGCUCAGCUCCACCUGGCAGGAGCUCAUCCUGCUCUCCUGCCUCACUAUCUACAGUGGCCAGAUCUUUGGAGAGCUGGCCGACAUCACAGCAAAGUACACGCCAUCUGACGACGAGCUUCAGGGAUUCAGCGAGGAUGGGAUGGAAGUAAUGGAGAGGUUGAUCAUUCUGUUUCGCAAACUCCACCAGUUAAAGAUCAGCAAUGAGGAGUACGCCUGUAUGAAAACCAUCAACUUCCUCAAUCAAGAUAUCAGAGGACUGUCCAGCAUCUCCCAGCUUGAGCAGCUGAAUAAACGCUACUGGUGUGUGUGUCAGGACUACAUUGAGUCCAAGUACCCACUGCAGCCUAAACGCUUCCCUGAGAUCAUGAUGUGCCUGCCGGACAUCCGCUGCAUCUCAACAAAGCUGGUGAACGUCCCUCUGGAGCAGCUCCCCCUGCUGUUCAAAGCAGUCUUGCACUCCUGCAAAUCCAGCCUGACCAGCUACAGGACCGGCCCGUCGCCCUGCGUGACCGCCUCCACCGGAAACUAAACCCUCCCCGACGCCCGAGUCGAGGACUGGUCUCCCCUCUCGUGAAUGUGACAAGCAGCUAGUUUGUUUUUUGUAACUUUUUUCUUUAUAUAUUUAUUACACGACAGAGCUGAAUGUAUGCUGAUUUACACUGUGCACAUGCUUCUGUACAAAACAAAUGCUCGUAGAUGCAUUGGUCUUUGGAGUUUACAAGCGUGUAUCCAUUUUGCUCCAUGUGUCAGUGUUGCCAUUGUUAGAGCUAGACUUUAAAAGAGUUUAUUUUAUACAGAUGGGGCGCCUUGGCACGCGCGACGAGUGUUUUGAGACUACCUCAGGAAGAUGUUGUUGCUAUUUUCAGGUACCUUUUCUUACUGUUAAAUGAAGAGUUGCCCAGUCUAAACCAAAACCCUGUGGAUGCUUUGGUACCUCAAUCAGAGAUGAAUGUUCAAAGAAGCUGCAUAAAUCAGUCUGAAAAACAGUUUUUUGUUACACUGAAAAUGCAAAAUGAAUUAGCAAAAGUACUCAGACAUCCUGCUUUUAGGAGGCGGUCUUGUCAAUUUAACAUUCCAUGAGUUAAGGUGGCUGUUGUUGGAUCUGUGGGAUCAUCGAAUAGGAGCAUACGGGUAUUUUUUAACAAUCAUAGACUAGGGAUGUAUGGCUUUAUUGCAGGGGAAGGGGCGGAUAGCUAGGUUUGCUGUUUUUCUUUUUAUUAUGUUUCUCUCUUGACCAAAGUGUUAUGCAAAGAUUAUAUCAAGCGCCCGCUGAUGGGUAGGGAGCUGACAGCUCAACAAAACCCUUUUCUUAUCCAUGAAGGACGAGGAUAAGAAAUGAAUCGGUCUGUUUCAGAGGCAAGACGCUCUGCAGGGCAGAAAAGUUCAGCGUUUCAUUGCAAACAUGCGCGUUUUGUCGCGUGCACACAUAUGCACAGAGCAGACACGAUGGCUCUCAUUUUGUGCUCUUCAUUGCCAAAGAAGAUGGUGCAUUUUCGCCUGCUCUCGACACAGCUGGGUAUAUGUGAUUAAAAAUGUGCGAGCUUCACGGGUGACACACACCGAUCAGCCACAACGUUGAAAUAUCGGGGAGGUUUCUGAUGUGUUGGCACAUUUGGGUCUGUCAGCUCGUCUGUGCUCUCUGGCGGUGGGUCGCGUCACGGAUAACGCUUCCUGCAGGUUGAAUUUUGAGCUUGAUUCAAUUUGAGGACUUUGCAGAGCAGGUGAACAAACCACGCUUUCCCCUAGUCCUGAGGGAGACCGCUGGUACUGGGGCACGCCAUCAUUUUUAACAAACACCACAUUACUGAUUACCCAAGGUUAGGGUUGGGUUUUUGCUUUACUCACAAUGGAAACGGGCCCAUAAAUUUUCAUUUGAACACAUUUUAGCCUUGGGGAAGGAUUUUUAUUUGGGUGGUUGGAUGUUAUUGUAACCCUAACCCUAUAUGUGUUGGCCCCAGCACGCUCAAGCUCUCCCAGCAGAGCUUUGCAUAGUAACAAGGUAACGAUUACUGGUCACUUCACCUGUCCGGGGUUUUGAUGUUGUGGCUGCUUGGUGUUGCCCAUCUUAGUGGAACCCACUGAAACCAGCCAUUUAAAAGAAUCAGUGUUUAUUGAUCCAUCCGUUUUGCUUAAGAGUUCAUUUCGAUUUUUCAAAACAGUUGUUGAAUUUCAAAGUUCUAUCGGCCAGUUUUGAAGGGCAAUCAAACGUUUUUAGAUGUAGAAUGUAAAUCAGACCACACUUGGUUUCCACGGGCAUCAGGCCGCGUGGACAUCCAGGUACGGUCCGACUGUUUUUAAAUGAGAUGAAAGUGAAAAUAUCAUUUAUGCAGAAUUGGCUUAAAGUUGAACGUCUAAUCGCUUUAAUCCAGCCGUAAGUGGACUCGGUGUGAUCGGCUAGGGCUUUACCUCAAUCAGUUUAGGCCAGGUUUGGAGAAUUUUAGGGGAUAUACCCCUGGCUUGCAUACCCACAGAUAUGCACGCCGUUUUAAAAAGUGUAGCCACAGAGAAAUGGUCUUUAUUUUUAAAGUGUGAGAUUAUCAUUUCUGACCACUUGAAGUGUCUUUUCUGGCCAUUUCACCAUUUGCGUCAUUUGAAAUGCAGACAAAGUGCAGUCCCCGCAACCACUCCCUUUUUUGCACACGACAGUGAGGUUUGGAGACCUUAACCCUUGUUCUUGGCCACUGCCCACCCAAUGUGUUCCUCUCUCAGGUCCCUGCUGACCUGGAUAUAUACAGGGUAAAGUGAGUGUUAUGUAUUGCAUUCAGGAGUUCGUCAGUGACCACACUGAUGUACUUGUAGUAUUAGUAGAUGUAGCUUCCAGGACAUUGUAGGUCCUGCUGUAGAAAGGUGUUUUUGUUUUUUGUUGUUUCAACUUUAUUUCCCUCACCGUCCCCACCCCACCCACACUCCCCUUCAGUGAAAGUGGAAUUAGUUUGCAGGGCAGGUUUUCUAAAGCUCUCGGCAUUGAUGACGGACGAAGCAAAAGGCGGCGGCAUCUUUCCGAUGUCACAGCUUCCCUCCCGUCGUGCGCAGCCUAACGAAACCACAGCCCAAUCCAGCGUUCCUUGUGAUGCUUCAGUUAGCCUCUUUUGAUUUUUUUGAAUGCUUUAAUGUACCUUUUGUAGUUUAUAAUUAAGAAUGUCUUUUUAGCUUUUUUGGGUUUGAUUUGGAGUGAAGACAACACCUAUCAUUUUCUAAACUGAUUUCUUCAUUGUUGUUGUUGACGUUCACUUGUUCACUGUGUUCAUUAAAGAAAGUGUUACUCAGGCUUUGUCAGCAAUGCUUUACGUGCACGCUGCUGACAUUUUGGAUCUGUUUGCGUAAUCUUGGAAUAAGUUUAAACCUCAAAUGUUGUGCUGUGGCGCCGUCUCUGGAGACAAAAGCCUCGUGUUCAUCCAUCAGGUGACCAGCACACCACACGGGGGCAGGGCUACGUUUGAGCCACGUGCCCGACGAGCACAGUUUGAUAAACUCUUAGGUUUCAAAGUUAAUCUUUGGGUGGAAUAGAUGUGAACCUCACCGUAACCGUGGUAACCAGGUUACCAUGCACGCGAUCACCAGUGAACCACUUGGGUCCACAUUUUCAGAAAGUCUAAGAUGUUUAAAUUCUUCAGUUUUGUUUCAGGUUGUAUAAAAACAGCUCGACCGAACCCUGAUCCUCCUCGCGUCGCUGGCUAACUGCUGGAUGUUCAGAUUUUGCAGAGAUGAACAAAACCAUUUAAUGUUGCCUUUAGCGGCGCUGAAAGGUUUGGCUUUUAGCUUGAGAUAGCUGCCUCCCUCCCAAACAACUGAUAGUGUUAUGUUUUUAAAAAACAUACAUGUAGAGGCAGCAUUCCUCCACAUGUAUUAACUGAAAACAUUAAACCAAACUAUCUGACAAGAUUACAUUAUCGUGUCGUUUUGGUGAACCGACCCUUUAGAUCACAGUAUCUCAGGACACUUCUGUGUACCGAAGGUCUCACUGUGAUGAAACGGUUCAGAUCCCCUCAAACGCUGCUCGGAGACCCUGUCAGGCUGUCCCGUGUCUGUGCAGCACUGCCAGAAAAACAGCAAAAUGACUGGAGGAAUGCACUGAACAUCACACUGAGAUCUGACAGCGCAGCAGGAUCUGAGGGCUUUCUCCUUUAAUGUGAUGCCAAACUGUCUGCUUAUCAGCGGUGAAUCCCACCUUUGCUGGCAGCACUCGCACUUGUUCAACGUUACAGUUUGAUACACACACGCUGGUGUCUUUUUUUCACUUCCUGUUUGUAUUGGUUGUGUGCAGACAAAGGGAUGUGCCAUUUCUAAACUACCUCUGUAUUUUUCACACCGUUACUAAUGUUCAUUACACCAAUGUUUUUUAUGAGUUGACCUCACAUGUGAACCACCAACACUUGUUUUCUUCUUCGUAGCCUUGUAUUCCUCUCUACCUCAGGUACUUUUAGGGACCCUCUUCCUCCUUUGUUUCCUUAAUGUGCUGUUUCAUGUUAAAUUAGCAUCAUCUUAUAUUUCACUGCUACCCUGUUAUCAAAAAUCACAUACCAAAGAUGAGCGAAUGUCAAUGACAAUGUCAGUGCACUGAUUAAGCAUUCAUGUGUUAUGUUCUGGCUGAAGUUAACCAGUGUUGCAUUUUUCCAUGUUGACCUUAUCCAAAUAUGCCUCAUUAUCUGUUGAAUUUGCUGUAUUCGCCAUACCAUGAUAAUCCUGUGUGUGUGUGUGCGCGCGCAUGCACGUGCGUGUUUGUUGUUCGUUGGUGAAGCAGAGAACACACUCAGUAUUAUCCCACAGCAGCCGGUGCUGCAUGUGAUCAGUUGUCAAUCGCAGGAUGCUCACUCGUGUAACCGUAACACUGUGACCACAGAUGGACAGACGGCUGUGGUGUGAGCACUGGGGCUGGACACACACACAGGCUCCGCCUUUAUAGUCGCUGUCCUGCUGUUAAACCUUUAACGCCAUCAACUUAUUUGUAAGUGAGAUGUUCAAAAGACUCAUGUUCCUACAGAAACAGCUUGUAUUCACCACACUUUCUAUAUAACGCUCGUCCACUCCCUUUAGUUUUCAUCUGAGAACAGCCAGUGGGUGUGGCUUCUAAACCAGAGCCAGAGAUGACCAUAUUAGGGAUUCCUGUUCAAACUGACUUCAUACAUGUUAGUGGGCCUGGAGCAUUGUGUUUUUAUGCAGACGCACACACAAAUAGACAUUUAGGCCCAUAUUGCUUGUCCUGGAUGGAGCUCCAUCCCCUAAUUCCCUGUAACUGACAACACUAUAGACGGAACAGCAGGUGUCCAGCUGUCAGAGCUUUGUUACAGGCACAGGAGGAGCACACCGGCAACAUAUCUCAGGGAACAAACAGAUUCAUACACGGUCAUCAGAAACUGAAACGCCAUUUCUGUCUUUUCUCUUCAGAAAUCUCUUGUCUGCUCUUGUUACUUUAACUACCUGUGAAGAAUGUGAUCCAUUAUGUGUUAAAAGCAUGUUUAGAAUGUGUUAGGACUUGAAACAAAAUAAAUGUGACAUUAUGCAAGUGCA